UGAACUUCAUUACCCAGAAUGCCUGACGGUCAGGUUGCUCAAUCGAAUCCGGAUUCUUCGCUUUUCUCACCCACUCAAAUUUUGUUUCCCUGCAGGCGCAUCCUUCCUGCUGAUUCGGAGCUACCGUUAGCCAGCUAAAAAUGGACUAGCUACCAAGUGUUUCUUUUUUUCCUCUGGAGGAAAUUGCUUUUCAGUUUAAUGUUAAUGUUAGUCCUUUAAAUGUACAUUUUUAAAUAGAACGGAGUUAUUUUCCCUUUUUGAAAGGAGCGGCAAAACCCCUCGUCGUCGUCGGCAGCCGAGCCGCUUCGGUCGGUUCAUUUUGACACCGGGAAGGUUCAUCCGGCCGUCCGCCGCUGCCGCAGCUUCGUUUGGCCCCGUUUGGACAAAGCCAGUCAGAUGUAGGAGAAUGAGAAACAUGAGCGGAACUCGAAUGGUUUGACUUUUCAAAUAGUAAGCUGAUCAUCAUUCGUAACGAAAAGAGACAACUACGUUUGGACCGAAACGGAUUCUCUCUGGAGGGCGAGACGAGGAAAAAGGACGGAAGGUUGAUAAGAGGGAAACAUCCUGAUGCCAGUAAUGGCAAACGAGCCGAUCAUCCUGAACGUUUAUGAUAUGUAUUGGAUCAAUGAGUUCACCAGCUCUCUGGGCAUCGGAGUCUUUCACUCAGGGAUCGAGAUCUAUGGAAGAGAGUUUGCAUACGGCGGACACCCCUACGCCUUCUCAGGGAUCUUCGAGAUCACACCAAGCGAUGCAACCGAACUCGGCGAGACUUUCAAGUUCAAAGAAGCCAUAGUCCUGGGCAGCACGGACUUCACAGAGGACGACGUGGAGCGCAUCGUGGAGGAAAUGGGGAAGGAGUACAAAGGCAAUGCCUAUCACCUCAUGCACAAGAACUGCAACCACUUCUCCUCAGCACUGUCAGAGACCCUGUGCGGUCGGGAGAUCCCCCGUUGGGUGAACCGUCUGGCCUACUUCAGCUCCUGCGUGCCGUUCCUCCAGAGCUGCCUGCCCAAAGAGUGGCUGACCCCAGCUGCCUUACAGUCCAGCGUGAGCCAGGAGCUCCACGCCGGAGGCGGCGAGCUGGAGGAGGCAGAGGACGCCGCGGCCACCGCCUCCCUCGCUUCGAUGUCGCCUUGCUCGCCUUCAUCCUCCUCCAGCCCCUCGUCGUCCUUUCCGCGUCAUAGCCGCAUCCAGCCCCGCCGAUAGAGACGGUCGUCUGUCAGAGCGCCUGCAGCCCAGCUGAAGCCAAAUGUUCCGCCACUGUCCUGGAGGGAGGAGCUGAAGCUGCUCUGGUGGAGAACGUGAGCCAAAACUCUGCACCGAGCUACAGACGAGGACUUUGUGUUGCAGAUAUAAGUUGGAAACGGUCACACACACAUCCUAAAAUCAGAUUUCUUCACAAGCCUCCUUUUAUAAUUCAAGCAAUUGACCAGCCACGUUGAGAUUUUACUAGCUUAACGACAAACGACUGUUGCUUUAGGUACAGAUCAUCUUUCAACGAUCACGCUCACUGACGUCCGCUAUCAUCCUCACCUCAAACUGCAAAAUGCUCCGAGAGAGGCCGUACUUGAACUUGUUAGAUCGUAACCAAAUGAGGCUGAAAGGUUUGUCUGGUAAAUAUUACAUCUGUCGUAUUUAAAAUGUUUGAACGUUUGCCUGUUACAGAUGGAAUGAUGUCCUCAAAACUCCAAAUCAGGAUGUCCGAUUUCUUGUUUUUUUUAUUGUUUUCUAUCACAGUUGGCUGACAACCAGAUGUACAAUCAGACUAACCAGACCCGAUCUCUGUCUUUGAGAUGCUUUUAAUAAGUGAUGACUUUUUUUCCCUUUGAUAUGAAACUUGUUGCAUCUGAACAGUUUCCACCUGACGUGUUUCGACUCUCCGCAGACCUUUUGUCAUGAAGCUACAGCCACUUCUUAAAUGUAUAAAUUGGGUAAUAAAUCAGAGUGCAUACGUGUUCUCCCAGUAGCAGCUACCACAGUGCCUUUGAGCAAGGUACUUUCUUCUAAGUGUGUCUGCAGAGAAAACUCGCUUUGGUGCAGAAAUCUUCAAUUUUUUAAAAUUUUGUUUGAUGUUGUGGGGAGAAAAUAGUGAAGACACAUGCAGGUCUUUUCUUAAAAAAGCUCGUUUUUCUCAUCAGUGGGAAACUCUACCAGCUGUUCACAACUCAAAUGCUGCAAAACUCAUUUUUCUUUUAUUCCGUCUGAACUUUCUUUUAUGAUGGAUGUUUGAGGAUAAUCAGAUCUGAUCACCGUUUUUGGGCCUUUUUGUCAAUUUUCUUUGUGUUUGAUCAACUCAGGAUCCUUGGACAUUUGGUUCUAAUCCCUUCAGAACUUUUUUACCCCACUUCCCGUGUGCUGAACUGCUUGUAGUCACUCUGUAGACGACGCACUGUAGUUUUAUACUCUUGGAUCAAACGAAAAGAAAGAGCUUUGAUUUCUGACGUGUGUUUGUGAGCCCGUCCUGCCUUUUUCUUCUUGUAUCUGCAUGAAUGUGUGAGUGUGUUUAUACUUGUAUAAUAAACGGUUUCUAUCAACAAA